CUCUGCCUGCUGAGGAUCCAGCUGAAAGAGGACCCAGGCACUCAGGCCACCUGAGCAGCGAUCUGUGAAUCUGCUCACCUGGACAGCCGGAAUCUGGCACCAAUUCUAAACCACUAGCUUCUCCAAGCUCACACCCCGGAGAUCACCUGAGGACCUGAGCCAUUGAUGGACUCAGACGAGACCGGGUUCGAGCACUCAGGACUGUGGGUUCCUGUGCUGGCUGGUCUUCUGCUGGGAGCCUGCCAGGCACACCCCAUCCCUGACUCCAGUCCUCUCCUGCAAUUCGGGGGCCAAGUCCGGCAACGGUACCUCUACACAGAUGAUGCCCAGCAGACAGAAGCCCACCUGGAGAUCAGGGAGGAUGGGACGGUGGGGGGCGCUGCUCACCAGAGCCCCGAAAGUCUCCUGCAGCUGAAAGCCUUGAAGCCAGGAGUUAUUCAAAUCUUGGGAGUCAAGACCUCCAGGUUCCUGUGCCAGAAGCCCGAUGGGGCCCUGUAUGGAUCGCUCCACUUUGACCCUGAGGCCUGCAGCUUCCGGGAGCUGCUUCUUGAGAACGGAUACAAUGUUUACCAGUCCGAGGCCCACGGCCUCCCACUGCACCUGCCGGGAAACAAGUCCCCACACCGGGACCCUGCCUCCGGAGGACCAGCUCGCUUCCUGCCACUACCAGGCCUGCCCCCCGCACCCCCAGAGCCGCCAGGAAUCCUUGCCCCCCAGCCCCCCGAUGUGGGCUCCUCGGAUCCUCUGAGCAUGGUGGGACCAUCCCAGGGCCGCAGCCCCAGCUACGCUUCCUGAAGCCAGAGGCUGUUUACUAUGACUUCUCCUCUUUAUUUAUUAGGUUAUUUAUCUUAUUUAUUUUUUUAUUUUUCUUACUUGAGAUAAUAAAGAGUUUGAGAGGAGGAUGAGAA